UGGCUGGGGGCUCCAGAGCUUAGCUUCAGUUUUCAACGUCGGAGAGUUUUAAGUGCGGAGAAAAAUCAGUACUCUCGGAUAGCAGCAAAAUGAGCACUUGCUCCAACAUCGGACAACAAUAAAGUGCGUCCGUGGUUAUUUGAUUUUGUGUGUCGACGUUACCGACGCGUGCCACUGCCAACCGUUUAAGCUUAAAGGAACACUUCCCCGUGCAACUUCUGCGGGGCUGAGGACAAGGGCAAGGAGAGCGGGGGGCCGGAGUGCUGGACGCGCAGACAGCGCGGAAUCGAUAUCGAUGGUACGCACCAAAAACCAGUCAUCCUCCUCCAGCGCCAGCAGUAGCAGUACCAAGUCACCCAUAAAGUCCAGCGGUGGAGCAGGAUCCUCGGGCGGCGUCAUCAGUGGUCGCCAGUCUACGCACCGCUCGUCGAGCGCCUCCAACGUUGCCGCCGUUGUCGCCGGUUCCUCAUCCGUCGGUGGCGGCUCCUCCUCGAAUCGACGUAGUCCGGGCAGUUCGCCGGACGGCGACGACGACACCACCACCACAGAUGACCUGACCCCUACCUCGUGCUCCCCGCGCAGCGGCCACCAUCAUCCGUACGGCGCCUCCUCCUCCUCCGUGCACAAACAGAACCUCUACGUCGUCUCUUUCCCCAUCAUAUUUCUCUUUAACGUUCUGCGCUCGCUGAUUUAUCAGCUGUUUUGUAUUUUUCGCUACUUGUACGGGGCGAGCACAAAGGUUAUUUACCGUCCGCACCGCCGCGACUGUAACAUAGAGAUUGUGGUGCAGAAUUCCUCCAAGGAGCAGCAGCAGUUAAACCAUCCCCUCGAGCUGAAUAGUGAGGGUGCUGGGCAGGAGCAGCAGUUGUCCAAUCAGCCGCAGCGUUACAGGGCAGUUCAACCCUUGGAAAUGGCCGCCAAUCGUCCAGGCGGAGGCUAUUCACCUGGUCCCGGUGAUCCGUUGCUGGCCAAGCAGAAGCAUCACCAUCGCCGCGCCUUCGAGUACAUCUCCAAGGCGCUCAAGAUUGACGAGGAGAACGAAGGUCACAAAGAGCUGGCAAUUGAGCUCUACCGAAAGGGCAUCAAGGAGCUGGAGGAUGGCAUCGCUGUCGACUGCUGGAGUGGACGUGGGGAUGUGUGGGAUCGGGCCCAGCGGCUGCAUGACAAGAUGCAGACAAACCUCUCGAUGGCAAGGGACCGUCUCCACUUUCUGGCGCUGCGUGAGGAGGAUCUGCAAAUGCAGCGGCUCUCCUUGAAGGAGAAGCAGAAGGAGCAGGCUCAAAGCAAGCCCCAGAAGUCCAGGGAGCCCAUGCUGGCGGGCAUGACGAGCGAACCCAUGAAACUCAAAGUGCGCAGCAGUGGCUACGGGCCCAAGGCCACCACCAGUGCCCAGCCCACCGCAUCUGGUCGCAAGCUAACUAUUGGAACCAAGCGGCCCGGCAAUUUGGCCGUGGCCAACAAGUCGCAAACGCUGCCGCGCAACCUUGGCUCCAAAACAUCCGUGGGCGCAGUCCAAAGGCAGCCAGCCAAGACGGCUGCCACUCCGCCCGCCGUUCGUCGCCAGUUUUCAUCGGGUCGGAAUACGCCGCCUCAGCGUUCACGAACUCCCAUAAACAACAACGGACCUAGUGGCAGUGGCGCCAGCACUCCGGUGGUGAGCGUGAAAGGAGUGGAGCAGAAGCUGGUGCAGCUUAUACUUGAUGAAAUUGUCGAGGGCGGGGCCAAAGUGGAGUGGACGGACAUCGCGGGUCAGGACGUAGCCAAGCAGGCUCUUCAGGAGAUGGUCAUACUGCCCUCCGUCCGGCCGGAGCUCUUUACGGGUCUUCGUGCCCCGGCCAAAGGUUUGCUACUAUUUGGUCCACCCGGAAAUGGUAAAACUCUCCUGGCCCGGGCCGUGGCUACCGAGUGCAGUGCCACCUUCCUGAACAUUUCGGCUGCCUCGCUAACCAGCAAGUAUGUGGGCGAUGGCGAGAAAUUGGUUAGGGCCCUUUUUGCAGUGGCUCGACACAUGCAGCCCUCGAUUAUUUUCAUUGAUGAGGUGGACUCGCUGCUCUCGGAGCGAAGCAGCAGCGAACAUGAGGCAUCGCGCCGGCUGAAGACCGAGUUCCUGGUGGAGUUUGAUGGACUGCCAGGUAAUCCAGACGGCGAUAGAAUCGUGGUGCUGGCCGCCACCAAUCGGCCGCAGGAAUUGGACGAGGCUGCCCUACGACGGUUCACGAAACGCGUUUACGUCUCACUGCCCGACGAGCAGACGCGCGAGCUGCUCCUGAACCGACUGCUGCAGAAGCAGGGCAGUCCGCUGGAUACGGAGGCGUUGCGUCGUCUGGCUAAGAUCACCGACGGCUACUCGGGCUCCGACUUAACUGCGCUGGCCAAGGACGCAGCCUUGGAGCCCAUCCGAGAGCUAAACGUGGAGCAGGUGAAGUGCCUGGACAUAAGUGCGAUGCGUGCGAUUACGGAGCAGGACUUUCACAGCUCCCUGAAGCGCAUCCGACGUUCCGUGGCUCCGCAGAGUCUAAACUCGUACGAGAAGUGGUCACAGGACUACGGCGACAUAACCAUCUAGGCUGUCCUUGCCAGCGAACCUGCCCGCCUCCAUCCCUCCAGUGUGGAGCAGCUGUGAUGUGAGUGUCAGAAUGUAACCCUUUGCCGUUACACUAGUUUUGAUCAUGUGACCCAUGGUUCUCCUCUUUUACUUACGGUUCCAUUUAAUUUGUAGACUUAUCGUUUCACAAACAUUGUUAGAUUUGUAUUAACCAGUGAAUUACUCAAUAUGAUUUGUUUCGAUGCUAUUUCUGUGUAUUUUAGCCUAAGGUUAUUGUAUUUUUUUCGUCGAUUUAGCGCCAUGUCCAUGUGGUGCGACAUCUGUCAUGCAGCUCCAUUAUCGUUGUACUCAUUUAACCUAGUGUAUUACUAAGAAUAGCUAUCUUAUCCAAUGGAGUUGCUAGAGUAACAUUUUUGCCCUGUUUCUGUUUCCGAAGUUUAUUUAAGGGCACUUUGCUUUGUAAACUAAGUUAAGUUUUUGGAACAUUCCAUGUAGUGGCGUUUUUUCCUUUAACAGGCGGCCCAAGAAGUUCACAACUACUUCCAUUGUAUCCUUGAACCAAUAGAGCAUAUUUUUGUUGUACAUUGAGUGCCCAUCCACAAGCUACAUGUAAUCUAGAAGUAAGCGUAGUUCUAAGAUGAAGAAAGAGAUAUACUUAUACAAACCCACAAAAAUACAUUUACCAGUGCAGAGUUGGAUUUUAAUAGUUAUCACUAUCUGUAUCGUUAGUCUAGUUUAGUUCCUUUGUUUCAAUCUAUGUACCUACGGCCAUAAAUACAAUCGUCUCCGAAUCACCUA